UAGCGUUCCGACAUCCACUCGAACCAAUCAUGGUUUCACUUCACAGAACUAUCCGCAAUUUGCGACGAGUAGGCCUUCGGGAAUGGUGGAGGCAGAUGCAAUAUAUUGGUGAUGCUAAGUCUGGCAGACUGGUUGGGACUGAUGCGUUUGGGAACCGGUAUUUCGAGAACAUGGAUGCAACUGAAGAAAUACCAGGUCGUCACCGAUGGGUAGAUUUUGCCCAGCACGAAUAUCAUGCAUCUCAAGUUCCUCCCGAAUGGCAUGCUUGGCUACAACAUAUCCGUGCCCAUCCUCCCGCAGAAGAUGCACUAAUUAAGAGAAUGACUCAACCCUGGCAAGCUCCAUGGCAAGAAAAUCUCACUGGCACUCGAGGAGCCUACAAACCGUACAAUACCGUGGCCCCGAAGAUUAACACUUGGCAACCUAAAGUAAUUGCACGCGCAUAGAUCACUGUACUUCGAGGUUGUAUUCAAUCAUACAUGUCAUUCACGACGAAAUGGAACUACAACAUCUCUUGCACAAUGUA